UUUGGUUUUUACAUUGUUGUAUUUUUUUUUUUUCUUCUAUUCGCCUUUUUUCUACCAGUUCUGUUUGAGCCCCCUCUCCGCGCGCUGCCACUUGCGUCCAUCGUCUGGCUUUCAAUUCAUCGAUUGCAACCAGACCUUUUGACGAAUCGCUUCCAUCAGCAUCCAUCCGCCCUGCAAGAGUGACGAGAAACCACACUCGUCACCAACAAAGAAACCAAAAAAAAAAAAAAAACACCACUUUGUUUUGGUUUCCUUCACGACAAACCCAAUCUCUCUCUUUUGAUUGCGUUUGACCAAACAACAAGCAACCAUACCCACCAACUACCACAAGAAGAAAUCCAGUGACAUGGAGAACCGACAGCGCAUCGGUUCCUUCCGUGCCACCAAGGCCGGCUUCGACGAGUUUGUCGGCGACAACCCAUUCAUGAAGCUUGAGAUCUCACCCGAAGGCGUCCGACUCUACAAGAAGGGCACCGUGUUUGGCUGGAAGGAACAUCGGUUUAUGGAAAUGGAAUCGCUGGCAAAGUGGAAUAUUCGACGAGACGGCAUCGUGUUUGUUACGUACACGCAAGACUCUGAGCUCUUUUCGUGCUCCAGUGCUCUUGCGCAAGAGGUCAACAAGGCGCUCCAAAAACAUGCCACUCUGAAGCGCAAAGACGUGAAAAAGCAGGAACAGGAAGAUAUUAUUGUCAACCCGUUCGAGGAUGACCUUGUCGGUCAGAAUUUUAGCAACCCAUUAGCCGAAGAGUCAUGAUCACAGGCACAGGCUGGGCUGUCUUGACCGAUUGCGGGCGUUUCGGUCUCGAGUGUCUUUUUUGGUUGUUUUUCGGGUCUUCGUCGGUGUUCUUUUAUGGAAGUUUGAUGCUUUACUAGUUCUAGUAACAAAAACAGAGCAAUUGUUGCAAUUCGUACAUUUACAUUGGAAA